AUGAAUGUUCAAACAUUUUUAUAUAAUGAAAAUUUCUACAAAAAACUUGCGUUAACAAUAGCUAUUAUUCGAUUAACACCAUCACAUUUAACACCAAAAGAUUAUACGAUAUAUUUACAAAAUAAUUUACGAAAAACUAAAAUAAAUGAAACUAUUCAAUAUGAACAAACUUUAUUAGAUGUACAUUUUUUACGAAAAUCUUUAUCGGUAAUCAUACCAACAAAAUCAUUUGAUUUACUUGAACAUCAUGGAAAAUUUCUUCAACAUAUUUUAACAAUAUCAACAGAAUUUAAUUUUGAUAUUCAAACAAUUAUUAUCGAAACAAUUGAUCAUAUAUUUCAAUUAAUAAAAGAAAACUUUCGUCAAAUAAAACAAGAAAAAUAUGAAGCUCUUUUCAAACAUUUAAUUAAUAUUAUUCUAAAUUUUCAUAUUAUACCAAAUAUUCAACAACAUUCUAUUGAACAUAUACGAAAUUUUAUUAAUUUAAUCUUAAUGUAUAUACAAGACACAACAAUAACUACUAAUGCUCAAAUGCUUAUUGAACAAAUUGGUUGUCAUCCAUCUUAUUUUUUAUUAGUAUUCGAACGUAUACUUAUCGAAUUAUUUCUCAAUGUUGAUAAAAUAAAUUCAAAUUCAACAUAUAGUUUACUACUAAUCAAUAUUCUUCAGAAAUUAGUAACAUUAAAUGACAAUACGACAUUAGAACAAAUACUAAAUAAUGAAUCGGUUCGACAACAAUUUCAUGCAUUACUUUAUACAUGUUUAUCUAAGAAUAAUAUUGAUAUUUCAUUAAUUGUUUGUCUUUGGAAUAUUUAUGGUCGAAUUAUAUGA